CACAAAAAGAGAGACUAAAAAAAAGCCCAAAACAAAACAAAACAAAGCGCAAAUGGAAAAAACCAAACUCCCAACUUCUCUUCACUUCUUCUACACAUUACUCUUCUUGAUAAUCUUCUCCGUCCUCAAGCCAAUCCCAGCCGUAGGAUACGCCGACCCGGGCUCCAGCACCAACGGCACAGAUUUCAUCCGCACGAGCUGCGUAACCACCCUAUACCCGGACGUGUGCUUCACCGCCCUCUCCCGCUACGCGGCGGCGGUGCAGCGGAACCCGGAGCAGCUGGCGCGCGUGGCCAUCUCCGUCAGCCUAGCCAAGGUAAAACACGUGGCUGCCUACGUGUCGAACGUCUCCCGCCAAGCCGACUACGGUGCCAACCCCCGGGCCGCCGCAGCCCUCCACGACUGCUUCUCCAACUUCGGCGACGCCGUCGACGAGAUCCGCGGCUCGCUCCGCCAGAUGCGCCACCUCAACGUCGGAGGCACUGGAGCCGGCGGCGGGGAGUCUUUCCGGUUCCAGAUGAGCAACGUCCAGACGUGGAUGAGCGCCGCCCUCACCGACCAGGAGACCUGUACGGACGGCUUUCAGGAUGUCGCCGACGGGCCGUUGAAGAAAGAGGUCUGUGACCGGGCGACGGAGGUUAAGAAGCACACCAGCAAUGCGCUCGCACUCGUCAACAGUUACGCCGAGAAGUCCGUCCCCUGAUGGUUUUCAUCUUCUCUCCACCGUCUGAUCAAUAAUCAUAAUUUGUGAUUUUUGUGAUAGUGAUCAAUCGAGUCGUUCAAUUGGACAGGUAUAGAGAGAUUGCGUUUCGUAUGAUACAGUUAUCGCUUCACAAUAUAUCUAUACGUAUUUGUAGGAGUAAGUUAAAAUAGUAUUAUAUUAGUGAGAGACAGAAAGACAGAGAGUUUUUGUUGUUUCGUGUUUGUGGAUGAGAGUUUGGUCUAUGUGGUAGUUAAAUGAGUUACUAUUAAUGUUGUAUAUUACUUAUUUACUUUGAUCUUCAGUGCAUUUUGUUUUUUGUUUUUGUUUUUGUUUGUUUUAGUUUUUUUUGGUGUUUUCCUUCUUUCCGCACGAAGAAGAUGAGACAUAUUGUUGGUUUUUGUAUUUGAAUCCGAGUCGACUCGGUUCCAACUUCCACCCUGGGUUAAAAAUACCGAGUUCCAACUGGGUCUCUCUUUCCUUUUUCUUUUUGUUUCCCCUUUUUCUUUUAAGUUUUUUCCCGUGAGAUUUACAAUUAGCUUGCGAAAUAAGCAUGGCAAUAAUUUGUACACGGCCAAUCAUAGAAUAGUUUUUCUUCACACAAAAGAAAAAACAAGAAUCAUAAGGUAGUUUUUUUUUUGUAAUUUCCUAAUUAAU